GCGGCAUACUCUGUUUGGUUUUCAUUAGCCGUGAUAAUGUCUGGUAGGGGCAAGGGCGGCAAGGGGCUUGGCAAGGGCGGCGCCAAGCGGCACCGCAAGGUGCUCCGCGAUAACAUCCAGGGUAUCACCAAGCCGGCCAUCCGCCGCCUGGCUCGGCGCGGCGGCGUCAAGCGCAUCUCGGGGCUGAUCUACGAGGAGACGCGCGGCGUGCUGAAGGUGUUCCUGGAGAACGUGAUCCGCGACGCCGUCACCUACACGGAGCACGCCAAGAGGAAGACGGUGACCGCUAUGGAUGUGGUGUAUGCCCUCAAGCGCCAGGGCCGCACUCUGUACGGCUUCGGCGGCUAAACUUGGUUUUAGCUAUAGGUCAGCGCUUUUACAAUACAAAGGCUCUUUUCAGAGCCACCCACAAAUUUCAAAAAAAGAGCUUUAUGUCGCUAAAUUGUUACC